AUGAUCGAUGGAUUUCAUUCCCUGUCUGGUCUGAAGAUCCUGCCUCAACAACAACCAGUGAAAGUAGUGGAUCAGGCAAAAUCAAUUCAGUACAAGAGUUUUUUUUUAGGCUCGAAGAAGAACGAUUUGAGAGUAUUCGAGCCAAGCCAUCGCGUAGCUGCUCAAGACAUAGCAAUUCCAUCAGCUGAGCUACUCGCCGACCUAAAGGUACUCCGGAAUUCAGAAACAGAAGAGCAACAAAAGCGAUUGUCUAAGUCUUGCAAGACCUCAAAAUCUCAAAGAUACACUCGCUCAGAUGAGUUUUGGGGCAGUAUAUAA